CAUUCUAUCCCAGUAGACUGUAGUUGCCUUUGAAGAUGAAGUGUUUGGUGAUUUGCGUCGUGUUGCUCGGAGUUUUCCUCCUGUGUUCCGCAAAACAUGAGCGUUCCAGAAACAAUUCUGGAAAGCAUCGACAUUUCAGGCACAGGGGCAGGAAACUAGCUUCGCGCCUGCUGGACGAAAUUGAAGAUCUGAAGAAGCAGUUGGCUAAGUGUCAAGGAAUCAAAGAGGGAUCAGGGCCAGCUACGGAUUCACCAGUCACUGAAGAACCAACCACCGAGCCACCAACAACCGAGGCACCAACCACCAAGGCACAAACCACCGAGGCACCAACCACCAAGGCACCAACCACCGAGGCACCAACCACAGAGGCACCAACCACAGAGGCACCAACCACCAAGGCACCAACCACCGAGGCUGUAGUGAUAACAACAAUACCGGCCUGUCCACAGAAAUUUCCUUUUCGGUGCUCCUCGGAUAGCCAAUGCAUAGGUGGAGGGUGGACCAUAGAUCCGAAUUACUCAUGUUCAAUUCCAGGAGAGGUGUGCUGUAGGUCCUAG